AUAAACUGAAAUAUAACCAUAUAUUGAACAUAUAAAAACAAACCGAGAAGAAGGAGAAACGAAAUUUACGUUCCUUCAAAAUAAACAUUAGAGACCCUACUGAUUAAUCUUGUGAGCGGAAGUAUUAGUACAAAAUUCUAUCUUUUCAACAUUUUCAGUAUCUCAUUCUGCGACAACUUCACAAAUAUAAACAAUAACUUAAGUAUCACAGACAUUGAAACACGACAAUGUUUUCCAUUGACACCUCCAACGCAUUGUCGCAUCUGCUGCAUCCAGACUGGGUGUCGAUGGACAUUGACAAGUUGGGAAAAUCAUUUUAUAAUUCGGACGAACAGCCGUUAAGUGAGCCUAUCAGGAAUCUCAAGGCAAAGACUUUGGAGGAAGCAUACUCCAGGAAUGACAUUGAGACCUUGAUUGAGUAUCUGAAGUCGACCGAUGGCCUUAUUAAUAACGAGUUGAGGUCAAAGAUUUGGCCCGUCCUCCUUGGGAUUCAUUCCGACUUUUCCGAAAACAAUACUGUACCUCCAUCAGUUUCAUCAUCCUUGAGUUCAUCUAUGACCAAGUCUGUGGAUUCCACUGGGCUCACACUGAAGCUUAAGCUUCAAUCAGAUAAGGUCUCGGCGUCCUUUUUAUUGGAUGACCUCGAUGUUGUUGAUUUGCCUCCACAUAAGGAUGAGGAGCAAGUCAAAUUGGAUAUUCAAAGAUCAUUCACAAUAUUAUCUCAUAUCCAAUCUUACCAUCAACUUGAAGGUAAUAAUGAAUCAUAUACAGCGAUAUUUUCCAAGUCGGAUGUAGAUGAGUUGAAAAAGAAACUACUGACUUUGAUUAUAAGAAUUUUAAGGAAAUAUCCAUCACUUCAUUAUUAUCAAGGAUUUCAUGAUAUUGCCAGUAUUGUUUUGAUUGUAUGCCACGAUAGAGAUUUAAAUACCAUUGAUGAGGAGUUGGCAUUCAAUAUAUUGGAAUAUUUUACCAUAUAUCAUUUGAGGGAUUUUAUGAUUGCCGAUAUCAGUCUUUCCGUGAAUCAUCUUCUGUUGAUCCCUUAUAUUUUGGAAACGGUAGACCAUGAUCUUUUCGAACUUAUUAAACAAACUAGUAACGGUUUCUUCUUAUUCAAUGGGACUCAUUUUGAUUACAAAUUUUAUCAAGGAUUAUCUUCAAUAUUGACUGUUUUCAGUCAUGAUUUAGGGAGCCUACAGCAAAUAUUAAUCAUAUGGGACUUUAUGUUUAGUUAUAACUCCGUGUUGACAAACAUCUAUGUGUAUGUUUCAGCACUCGUAUACUUUAAGGAGGAUAUCUUUCAAUAUCUAAAUAUCCCUUUAGACGAUGAAUAUUGUGAUUACCAUGAAAUUGACAGAGAUUUAGUUCAUACUCAAAUAUCUCCAACAAAUCUUUUCAAAUCUACGACAGAUACUGAUUUGUUAAAGAUUCUUAAUAUUGCGAGAUCAUUAAUUAAAAAGUACCCUAUAGAUACACUUGAAAAUUCAAAUGAAACAUAUAGUGUUUGGUUUGAAAAAUUUAACCCACAUUCAGUCCUUAUGACUACUUCCACCGUAUGCUGGUCAGGGAAAGAAAUUAGAGAUAAAGUACUGGAAUAUAAAUAUUUGUUGUCAGAUAAAGAAACUUCUUCUUUAGAUCUUGCUGGCUGGAUCCAGAUUCAAGAUGAAGAAAUAUGCAAACAAACCAUUUACACGAAUGAAAUCGAACAAGAAAUCUUAAGAGAGCAAGAGAUAUUGGCAAGCUCGGCAUCCGAAUACCAAUCCAAUGAUAGCGGGUCGAUUCUGCUUUCUUCUUCAUUAUCAAGCUUAUCAUCCACCAGUUCCGCAGUCAAUGCUAAGCUCAUAUCUACAUCAUCUAUCUUAUUUAAAAAACUACUUUUUAAACCUGAUGAUUCAAAAGUCGAAGAAGGAAAACCUAAUGGACAUCUCCCAUUAUAUUUGAGGAAUGUUUACAAAAUCAGUUUCACUAUAGGAUUCAUUGGGUUCAUACUCCAUUUCCUAUUAUCGAAGAACAAUAGGUUUCAUGAUGCAGUUCUGAAAAUGUUAACUUCAUCCAAUGCCGUAGUGUCUAUCAAGCAUGAAGUAUCUACGUUGGGGAACUUGUUAUCUACUGAAAUAAGCAAUGCCGUUAGUGGGACGUUCCGAUAUCUAGCAGAGAGCGACGUUGUAACGCAUAGCGUUUCAAUUGGUCAAGUAGGAUUAGGAAAUUUGAGAAAUAAUGUUUACGGAUUCAAUGGAUAGUAUCUAACUUGACUUACAAAAAGUAACAAAUAGAUGGAAAUUUCACUCUCAUGAUAUAUUUUAUUUCAGUUUUUUAAAUAAAAAGAUUCUAUAAUAGACAUUUCACUUCCAUGGUUGUG